AUGGGGAGAGAUUUUGGUGCUCUAGUUGGUGCUGCCCAUGUUGAUGAUCCAGGUUUUGCAUUGGAGGGCUCAGGUGGCCUACUUUUGCUCGCCAUGAUUAUCAUGUCCCCUUCAAUUAUAUCAAUGCUCAUCUUUGCUUGUGCUGAUGGUAUCUCGGAAACACCUCCGCGAACUCGCAGCAGUGGUUUUGCAGCUGGAGGUGCCGGCUGCAAAACCGCUGGAGGUGGGAGUGGUCGUGCUUGGGGUGGAGGUGGUCGUCCUUAUGUUGGAGUUCUCUAUGGCGGUGGCGGUGGCGGUUGUGCAGCUGGUAAUUUUGGAGGUGGCGGUUGUGCAGCUAGUAAUUUCGGAGGUAGUAGUGUUUGUGGAGGUGGUGGUUGUUGA